UUGAGUGUAGUAUAAGGAAGACAGGCGGGUCUAAAUCUUCGAUUUCCGGGUACGUGAACGGCCUAAGGGGUGAAAAUGUGCUGGUUGCAGUCCUCAUGGCGAAGAAAAUGAUGGCCAAUUUCCCACAAAAGGCUUUUAAAGGUCCCCCUGUAGACAAGUGAUUUACCUUUGACCUGAGUGGAGUUUUGUCACUUCGUUAAAAUGUCACAAUCAAAUCCAAAAUUCCAAAGAUGAAUCAACUUUUUUGCCGACUAAUCGAUAUCGUUGUGGCCGUUACGAUAAAUUACUGUUUUACGUUUCUUGCGUACGGAAUUUUCUGCAACCACCCGAUCAAGCACUGUAUAAUUCUGCCGUAAGAAAAUGGAGCGCAUUUUGAAAAACCCCCAAUCCGAAAUCGAAAGUGUGGUGGAGAUUUUGAGUAACACACUGUACUUUGCCGUGCUCAAGAGUCCCAUUUCAAGAAAGCUGCAAACCGAAGGGGAUCUGUUCUAUUUUAGCAUCGACGAUGAGCUGCACUAUCAGCAUUAUUACUGCGACUUCGGUCCCUUAAACAUUUCAUGUUUGUACAAGUACUGCAUGAAGCUGAAUCGGUACAUGCAGUUCGCGCGACGCAUUAAAGGCAUUGUACAUUACACGUGCUCCCAUCCCGAUAAAAGAACAAACGCCGCUUUCCUCAUGGGCGCCUAUUGCGUACUCUAUUUGAAGAUGGAACCCAAAGCGGCGCUCCAGCUAAUCCAGAAAUCUGGCCAGCUCAAGCCGUUUUUGGAUGCUUCGCAAUGCUUCUGCCAGUUCACGCUCAAGAUGAUUGACUGCUACCAGGCCGUAGCCAAAGCGCAAAGUUUCAACUUUUUCAACUUCGACGAUUUCAACGUCUCGGAGUAUGAUCUGUACAACAAGCUGGAAUACGGCGAUAUCAAUUGGCUGUUGCCUCGCAAAUUCCUCGCUUUUAUUGGCCCGGCCGACAAUCGCACCGCCCAUCCUCCGGAGUUCUACAUUAAGUAUUUCUUGAAAAACGACGUUAAAACCGUGAUAAGGCUGAACAAUGUUUUGUAUGAUUCAUACGCUUUUAUGCAGGUGGGAAUUCAGCACUACGACUUGAUUUUCCCGGAUGGGUCGACACCCCCUAAGGAAAUCCUGCUCAAGUUCCUCUACAUUGCGGAAUCGGCCCCCACGGCUGUAGGAGUGCACUGCAAGGCUGGCCUGGGCAGAACUGGGUGCUUGAUAGGCGCGUAUCUGAUGAAACAUUACCGGAUGACCGCAAGAGAGGCAAUAGCCUGGCUGCGAAUAUGCAGACCUGGUUCGGUGAUUGGCCAGCAACAGGUUUGGCUGGAAAAGCUUCAGAGCUGGCUGUGGCGCAUCGGAAGCCAAUAUCGGUUGCAACAUUAUGGCGAAGGGGACAAAAUUCCGCGGCACAGAUAUGGGAUUUACAGCAAGCAAUGGCCAGUGGAAAGAGAAAAGGCGAUUAGGGACGCAAGACAAAGCAUCCAAACAACAUUCACUAGGUCCCAAAUAGGCACCUUUGUGCAGGAGCAACGCAAAAGAAAGCAAUCAAGCGAUAAGUUUCAGGGCGUCGAUUCCCGAAUAUUUCCAUCAUCUGGCGACAAUUUCAAACACAUUGCGAAACUGCUCAAUUCAGUGCACGGGUUCUGCCAGACGGAGAAGGAAGCCACUGAAAAGCGCCCAACCAGAGUAGAGAAGAAACUAAAUUGCACGCUUGAAUUGGCGCCCAAAAAACCGUUGAUAACCCACAGUGGCAAGAAGCUCCUCGUAAAAGCGCCCUAUAAACAUGCGGCCAGUCAAGGCGAUAAGUUAAACGAGAUCAAGAUGCUACGCAACCAAAAGCCGAAAGUCUCGAAAUCUGUGAAGUGUAGGCACAUCUAACGCAUGCGGGAGUUUAUCAAAUAUAAUCGACUCGCAUUUGAAAGUUUCACAAAUCAUUUACUGAAAUAUAAAAAUGGAUUAGCUUAAACUUGA